GUUUAUUUAUUAAAAAAAAAGUUUCUUCUUCCCUUUUCAUUUUCUUUGCAAGGAUAUUCUCUUUUAAAGAUACUAUUUGAUACCUUUUGACUAGCUGGCUAAAAUUCUGAAAGAUGUAAAUAGUGUUGUAAAUUUUGAAGGAAAUUAGAGCGAUUCGGUAAAUUUUCGUCUUCUGAGUAUAGAAGAGAGGCGUUCCCACGCCGUCUUACGUCGCUUUCGCCGAUUCCGAGCCUUUGAUCGAAUUCUGCAGUGAAGAUGUAAGUGUAGCUGUGACUGAUAUCUUGAAGCUACCUCUGAUGGAUAAAAGCAAUGGCUGCAGCUUCUCUAGUAUAUUUUCAAUUGCUGUCUUUUCAAGUGCCAUUUUUGUUGUCUCCUUGAUUUUGGUUCGUCUCCUUUAUGUCUUAUAUCGUAGCAGCAGGCCCUUGAGCAAAAGGGCUUCAAAACCUGUUAGUACCCUUAUUAUUUUAGGAUCAGGUGGUCAUACUGCUGAGAUGCUUAAUCUAUUGGUAGUGCUACAGAAAGAUAGGUUUAAUCCAAGAUUCUACAUUGCUGCUGCUACUGAUAAUAUGAGUCUUCAAAAAGCUCAGUUGUUGGAGAAUUCCCUGGCUGCUGAGAAUGCAACAAGGGUCACUGAUACUGCACAGUUCAUGAAGAUAUAUCGGAGUAGGGAAGUUGGUCAAUCAUAUAUAACCUCCGUUUGGACUACUUUAGUUGCAAUGGUACAUGCGCUAUGGCUAAUGAUUAAAAUUAGACCUGAAGUGAUACUUUGCAAUGGACCUGGAACUUGCAUUCCCCUCUGUGCUAUUGCAUUCAUAUUUAAGGUACUGGGAAUCAGAUGGUCAUUAAUUUUCUACGUUGAGAGUAUUGCAAGAGUGAGAAGACUCUCCUUGAGUGGCCUGCUCCUGUACAAGUUGCGGAUGGCUGAUCAACUUUUUGUUCAGUGGCCACAGCUGCAACGACAGUAUCCCCGGGCUACCUAUGUUGGUCGACUCAUGUAACCAAUUGGUUCCUUUAAUAUCAUUAAGCAAAAGCUGCAUUCCAUGGUUCAUAGUUGUAUUGAUUAUUAUAUUUAAGUUCUCCCUGCAUUUGUCAAAGUGUUUUUAUAGGUUAAUUGAUUGCCAUUCUUUGUUUUUUCAAAAGGACAAAGGAAGAUAAGAAGAUUAAGAUAUUCAAAGAGAUUUUGAUUACAUACAAAUUUGUGGGGUGUGAAACCGUUUUUUGAUAACUAC